AUGGAUUAUCCGUCUGACAAUUUCACUGAAUAUCCAUCUUACGAUGAUUCAUUGUUACAACAUUCGCCGGAAUUAACAAUUUUGAUAUCAGUCGCUUAUGGUUUCAUAUUUUUCACUGGAGUAUUGGGAAACACAUUUGUUGUUUUGGCAGUUUGUGCACAUAAAAAUUUGAAUAUUACAACUGAUUAUUUGAUUUUGGCAUUAGCAUUAGCUGAUUUAUUUAUUUUAUGGGUUUGUCUACCAACAACUCUUGCUAAUAAUAUUUUCAAUCGUGAGUUUUCCAAAAAAAUUAAAAAAAAAACUAGUUACACAAUACGUCAGACACCUCUCUCUAGAGACAUUCACUUUAUGAAAGUAUUUUUAUGAAUUUCACAAAAGUUUGAAAAAUCGACGAUAAUUUUUUGGUUUACAAAAGAAGUGUAAAAUUUUUCAGGAUGGUUAUUUGGAUCAUUGUUAUGUCGACUUUCUACUUGGGCAAAUGCUACAAGUUCCUGUACUUCUGUUUACACUUUGGUUGCUGUGACUGCAGAUCGAUAUUUAGCAAUUUGUCAUACUAUGAAAUACAAUACAUCUUGGGAUCGAGAAUAUACAAAAUAUGUGAUUUUUGUUAUUUGGAUUAUAUCAGCAAUUGCUGGAAUACCUAACUUUUUUCUUUAUGAUGCAGUGAUAUUUGUUAUGGUUUUCAAAGAUGGAGCAUGGGAUAUUGAGAGAGUUUAUAGUGAGCAAAGCCAAGCAAUUAAUAUUUGUAUGCAAGAAUCUGAUUAUCAAACGGUAUUUUUCGUCACAAUUAAUUUAUGUUUUGCAUUUGUGAUACCGUUUGGAUUGAUAUUAUUUCUUUACACAAAGAUUUUCAUAACUGUAUCGACACAUCGAAGUUUGGCUAUUGAUGCAAGGGUAAGAUUUAAAACAAUAAAUGUGGCAAGUACCAAAUUCUGUAUUUCAGGCUAGAGAAGAUCGUGUAAAACUUCGAGUCGCAACAAUGAUGCUUACAGUAAUCAUAAGCUUUGCGAUUUGUUGGCUUCCUUUACUCACAAUCUUCACAUUUUUCAACUUUGCUGAUCAAAGAACUCCACUUUAUGGAUUUCUGUCAACCAGUCUUCGUCCAAUAUUUCAAUGGUUGUCGAUUUUGUCAAGUUCUCUAAAUCCAAUAAUUUAUAUUGCAUACAGUCAUAAAUAUCGAAGAGCAUUCAAAAAGAUUCUACUUAUGCCUUGUAAGCUGAAGUGAGUUUUUAAGAGAAUCACCGAAUUGAAAUUUCAUAAAUAUCAAAAAUAUUUUCAGAUAUGAAAGAGUUCGCAGUACAAUACUUCGGAAGCCCAAUCAAAUGACCCAAAAUGAGAAAAUCAGCGCUGGCGAAAAUGUUUCAUUCAAAACAUGCACAGAUGGUGCUGUUAGUGCCGCUUACUAA